UUGUUGCAAGGAUAAAGAGACUUAACAAAAGAGACAAAUCAGAGCUCAUUACUGUUGAAGAAAGACAAGAGGCUUCUCUAGCGCUUAUUCGGCUAGCACAGAGAAGAACUUUUGAACAAGAGUUGGAUCGAGUGAGACAAAAGGGAAACAAAUUGCCAAGAACUCACAAGUUGCAUCAACUUGAUCCUUUCAUUGAUAAUGAUGUACUCAGAGUCGGAGGCAGGUUGAGAAAAUCCUCAGCAUCAUUUGAGCUUAGACAUCCUGCUAUUCUUCCUAAGGAAGAUAUUGUCACAAAACUGAUUGUUGAUUAUUAUCACAAGAAAACACAACACCAAGGACGAGGUCAAACCCUAAAUGCACUUAGAGCCAAUGGCUAUUGGAUUGUAGGUGCCAGUAAAGUAGUGGCCAGUUACAUCAAAGAUUGUGUAGUAUGCAGAAAGAUGCGAGGGUCAACAGAAGAACAGCGUAUGGCUGACUUACCAGCUGAUAGAGUAGAGCUCUCCCCUCCUUUCUCUUUCACAGGAUUAGAUUGUUUUGGUCCUUUUAUCACAAAACAAGGUCGAAAGGAGUGUAAACGUUAUGGUCUUCUAUUUACAUGUUUAAGCUCCAGAGCUAUUCACAUUGAGAUGUUAGAAGAUCUUUCUACUGAUGCGUUUAUAAAUGGAUUGAGAUGUUUUAUAGCGAUCAGAGGAGCAGUGAGACAGAUUCGAUCCGAUCAAGGCACAAAUUUUGUCGGAGCUCGUAAUGAGUUUGAGAAAGGUCUCAAAGAUCUUGACAAGGACAGGAUUGCUACCUAUCUAGCUAAAAACCAAUGUGACUUUCAAAUGAAUGUUCCCGAAGCAAGUCACCGAGGCGGUGUCUGGGAACGCCAAAUCAGGACUGUCAGGAAUGUUUUGAGUUCAGUCUUGGCACAAGCCAUAGGAAGACUUGAUGACACCUCUCUAAGAACUUUCUUUUAUGAGGCUAUGUCAAUUGUAAACAGUCGCCCACUUACCACUAAUACUAUUAGUGAUCCAAAAAGUGCGGAACCUUUGACGCCCAAUCAUUUACUUACAAUGAAAGAGUCAGUCCCUCUUCCACCUCCAGGCAAUUUUGUCGGUGAAGAUUUGUACAGUCGAAAGAGAUGGAGAAAAGUACAGUAUCUUGCAGAACAGUUUUGGCACAGAUGGCGCAAGGAGUACUUAACCAGUAUAAGUUUAAGACAACAGUGGCACACAUCCAAACGAAAUGUACAAGUCGGAGAUGUAGUGAUCAUUAAAGAAGAGAACAUUCCCAGAAAUGAAUGGAAAUUGGCAAAGGUAAUUGAAGCCAAUAAAGACGAUGAUGGUUUGGUACGAAAAGUCAAGAUUCAAGUUGGACAAAGAGAUUUAGGAAGUAAAGGUGAACGUCUGAAACAGUUGUCCUAUCUUGAACGACCAGUACAGAAACUAGUGGUACUAGUACAAAAUGAGUCAAUUAAGAUUUGAAAGGUUAAGAAUGGUUUAUUUUCUUUUAGGUUGGAAAAUUACCAUGUUUUAUUUUGUUGUAAUAUAAACCUGUUGUAAUUUUGGUGGCAGUGUGGCUGUCGCAGUGAAAACAAUAAUAUUGUUUAUUUUUGUAUAAUAUCCACUGUAAUUCAAGUCAAUGUUUUUUGUUGCAAUAGUGCCCCUGUGUGGUUGAAAAGAUUAUUGUUUGCAUGGAUUGUGUUUAGCUGAUUGGUUGAGGGUGAGAGAGCGGAAGCAGGAAGCAGGAACGCAGCAGCCUCGAUUCAGCGGAGAAGUUGUUUGCAAAAGAGAGCAGAAAAUAAGGAAAUGCAAAAGGAAACAUGGACGAUCAGCAAACCUAACAGCUCCCACACAUUUGAACAGAAGGCGCACACGUUGAGCUCUACUGGUUCUCCUCUGAACACCUCCACCGUCCUCCUCUGCUGAACUGAAACAUCCGCUGAAGAAAACAUCCAGUCAGCACUAAAGACAAUCUGAACUUGAAUUGAAUUUGUUAUCAGUAAUGUAAACCUCGCCGUACCUCCAAAGACACGAUGCAUCCCCAGCAGCUGGAAGAAGAGCAGAGCUGCUUGGUUUGAACUGAACAUUGUGUCGUUCAGACAGAGAGUGAGAAGAGUCUCAUCAGCCCUGAAUGCAUCUG